AAUCGGGUGAUUGUGGGAUUAUAAGAUCUGCCGCACAUUCCUAGCUUUUCUCUGUAUACUUGCUUAGUUUACAGUUUAUUUGGUUCGUCUCUUCCCUUCUUCCUAUUACUCUGUCUAUUGUCUCUUGGACUAACCACUAUUCCCUUCAGAUCAAAAUGUCCAAGACCAAGUCCGUUACCAAGAAGGGCUCUGAGAAGCCGGUUGACAAGGCCCUUAGCAAGGUCAAGUCUGCUGGUGUGACCAAGUCCUCCCAGUCCCCCAAGGCCAAGAGCAAGCAGAUUGCUCGUGAGGUUGCCUCCAAGGAGAAGAAGGACAAGAAGAAGAAGAAGGAGCCUACUCCCAGCGAGUCUUCUGAGUCCGAGUCCGACAGCGACGAGGAGAUGGCCUCCGACUCCAGCUCCAGCAGCGAGAGUGAGGACGAGAAGCCCGCCAAGAAGACCGAGAAGAAGGGCAAGAAGGUUGAGUCCGAGUCCGAGUCUUCCGAGUCUGAGUCUGAGUCUUCCGACUCUGACAGCGAUGAGGAGAUGAACGACGCCUCUAGCAGCGAGAGCGAGGAGGAGAAGCCUGCCAAGAAGACCAAGGAGGAGCCCAAGAAGGCUGCUAAGAAGGCCGAAUCCAGCGACUCUGAGUCUGAGUCUUCCGACUCUGACUCCGAGUCCGAGGAUGAGAAACCUGCUAAGAAGGAGACCAAGAAGGCCGAGUCCGAGUCUGAGUCUUCUGACUCUGACUCCGACUCUGAGUCUGAGGAGGAGGCCCCCAAGAAGGCCGCUAAGAAGGAGUCCAGCGAGAGCGACUCUGACUCCGACUCUGACUCUGAGAGCGAGGAGGAGACCAAGGAGAAGAAGGCCGAGAAGGAGUCUUCCGACUCUUCUGACUCUGACUCCGACUCUUCCGACUCCGACUCUGACUCUGAGUCUGAGGAGAGCGAGAAGCCCUCCAAGAAGCGUAAGGCUGAGGAGGAGACCUCCGCUACCCCCAAGAAGUCCAAGACCGAGGACCCUGCUCCUGGUGCUUCCGCCAACCUGUUCGUCGGUAACCUGUCCUGGAACGUCGAUGAGGCCUGGCUCCAGUCCGAGUUCGAGAGCUUCGGUGAGCUCUCCGGUGUUCGUAUCAUGACUGAGCGUGACACUGGCCGCUCUCGUGGUUUCGGUUACGUUGAGUACACCAACGCCGUCGAUGCCGCCAAGGCUUUCGAGGCCAAGAAGGGUGCUGAGAUCGACGGACGUGUCAUCAACCUGGACUAUGCCACUGGCCGUCCCGCCAACAAGGACCAGCAGGGUGGUUUCAAGGACCGCGCCAACGCUCGUGCCCGUUCCUUCGGUGACCAGGCCAGCCCCGAGAGUGACACCCUCUUUGUCGGAAACCUUCCCUUCGACGCCAACGAGGACUCCGUCGGCGAGCUGUUCGGUGAGAAGGGUAGCAUCCUCGGUAUCCGUCUGCCCACCGACCCCGACUCUGGCCGCCCCAAGGGUUUCGGCUACGUCCAGUACUCCUCCGUCGACGAGGCCCGCGCUGCCUUCAACGAGCUCCAGGGUGCUGACCUGCUCGGACGCCCGGUGCGUCUGGACUUCAGCACUCCCCGUGCCAACAACGGCGGCGGCGGUGGUGGUCGCGGUGGUGGCCGUGGCGGCUUCGGCGGUCGCGGCGGUGGUCGUGGCGGUUUCGGUGACCGUGGUGGCCGUGGCCGUGGUGGCUUCGGUGGCCGCGGUGGUGGUGCCCCCAACAAGGCUCGCGGUGGUAUCCCCGAGUACAAGGGCACCAAGGUCACCUUCUAAGUCAGUGUGUAAGAGUACUAACCGACGUAUACCUAUGUUUUUCUAGACUGCUUUUUGUUUUGGGCAAUGGGUUAUGGUUCCGGGGUUAUUGUCAUUAUUCCUCACUG